AUGGAGUCCGGAAACAAGAACAGUGGCAACGUGGAGAGCGGUGUGGUGGUGGCUAAUAAGAGAAAACUGAGGGGCUCCGAUGUAAUUUUGCGUUUCUUGGCGCUUGCACUCAGCCUGGCCGCGGCAGUGGUUCUGGGCGUCGAUAAAGAGACGACCACGGUGGCCAUGACGCUCGUCCCCACGCUGCCGGCAGUCAACGUGCCGGUCACCGCAAAGUGGCACUACUUGUCUGCCUUUGUGUUCUUUGUGGUGUCAAAUAGCAUAGCGUGCGCCUAUGCAGCCGUCUCACUACUCCUUAAGCUCGCAAAUAGAAGUGGAAAAAAUGGCAUGGACAUGAUGUUCGUUUUGGUCGACCUAAUCAUGGUGGCUCUACUGUUUGCGAGCGUUGGAGCUGCCCUUGCCAUUGGCCUUAUGGGAUAUGAAGGCAAUUCGCACGUGCAGUGGAAAAAGGUGUGUCACGUGUUCGAUACGUAUUGCGAUCAGGUUGGGGUCGCUAUCGAUGGGGCCCCACGCGUCCGCGUGGUCGCGGGCAAGGGGACGAUCUCGCGAGUGUGGAUGUCCGGGGCAUGGGAGUGUGCAGGCGCGCGCGGUCGCGGGGCACGGUGCGUGCUCGCGAGUAAGCGGGGCAGGGAUCGCUCGGCGUGGCUAGGACACGACAUAAUCGAUUGA